AUGGAUCGCCGCCCACCGUCUCUGGUGUCGUCGUUGUCGCAUCACAGCAACGGCCCCGACUCCCACCGGAGCUCCCUCGUCAUUGAGCAGCAGAACCGUCGCCAUUACCAACACCCGAACAGCCCAUACGCCUCGUACUCGCAGUCGAACUCGAUCUCGAACCACCCGCAGGCGCAGCGAGCAGCCGCCGCCGCCGCCGCCGCUGCCCGAACUCCCAGCGGCUCGCCCUCUCCCUCGCCGUCAGGUCUCGCCGGCCGAGGCAGGUUCACCGAGGAGUGGGACGCCAGCCAGCGAGGCAGCUCCAUCAUCGACGGCCCGACCAGCAGGCGCAUCAACAACGUCGCCGCCAUGGAGCGCACCAACUCCGUCCGCAGCUUCUCCGCUGGCGACGACCAGCAGCUGCCCAUCCGGAACAACACCCUCAAGAAGAAGAACUCGAUGCGUCGCACCAGCAGCUUGCGACGGAGCAGCAGCCGCCGUAGCAACAGGGCUGGCAGCGUCAGGAGCCUCGCCCUCCACUCUGCUUCGGAUCCGGACGACGCCUCGAGCGCUUUCUACUGCCCUGUCCCGACAUCGGGAAACCCUACCGACAUUCUCGCCAACCGAUUUCAGACAUGGCGCAAGGUUCUCAAGGAUCUAAUCGCCUACUUCCGCGAGAUCCAAUCGCACUAUGAGCACCGUUCCAAGAACCUCGUCAAGCUCGCCAACGUCGCCAACAACAUCUCUACCCCGCCCAACUUCCUCAAGUCCGCUGGCAUCGAUGAUGCGCUCCAGUUCCUCCGCAACUACAACAAAGCUGCGAUUCAAGAGGCCAACAAGGCCAGGGAUAUUGAGGAGGAUGUCAUCUUGGCUCUCACCGGACUAAGGAGCGAUCUCCAGCAAAAGAUCAAGGAGAUCAAGCACCUUUCGGGUGACUUCAAGAACUCGGUCGACCGGGAGAUGGACCACACCCGCAAAGCCGUCAAUUCACUCUCCGACGUCCUUGACAAGAAUGAGGUCGAUGCAUCGUCUACGACGGGCAAGCAGGACCCCUAUCUGUUGCGCCUGGCGGUGGAUCACCAGGUCGAGCGGCAGAUAGACGAGGAGAACUACCUCCACCAGGCAUAUCUCAAUCUCGAGGGUUCUGGGCGUGAGCUAGAGUCCAUUGUUGUCGGCGAAAUUCAAAAGGCCUACAACGCCUAUGCUGGCAUCCUCAAGCGCGAAGCCGACAACGCAUAUGCCGUCGUCGAGGAGCUGCGUGACGGGCCCAUCUCGAUGCCCAAGGACCAGGAGUGGAUACACUUUGUGACGCACGACGACCAGAUUGUCGAUCCGACCAUUCCCAUGCGGACAGCCGAGCAGAUUCACUAUCCAGGCCAGGACCAUGUGGCUGCUCAGGAGAUCCGUGCCGGUUUGUUGGAGCGCAAGAGCAAAUACCUCAAGAGCUACACCGCGGGCUGGUAUGUUCUCUCGACGACGCACCUCCACGAAUUCAAGUCAGCCGACAAGGCGCAAGCCCCGGUCAUGUCACUGUACCUGCCGGAGCAGAAGCUUGGCUCGCACUCCUCAGAGGGAGGGUCCUCCAACAAGUUCAUCCUGAAGGGCCGCCAGACGGGCACCAUGCACCGGGGUCACACCUGGGUCUUCCGCGCCGAGAGCCACGACACGAUGAUGGCUUGGUACGAGGACAUCAAGGCUUUGACGGAGAAGACGCCCGAAGAGCGCACCCAAUUCGUCCGCACGCACUCUCGCAGCCUCAGCCGAUCAUCGCGCCGAUCCGUCAGUAGCGACGGCAUCCUCGACGAGGAUGAUGACGAGCCAUUCUCGGCCACUCACGAGGAUGUCAACCCGGAGCCCCGACCUGACUCGGCGUCCCGACGACCUCAACCAGGUGGGCGGUUCCCAUCAGAUAUCCAAGUCAACGCACAGCGAGGCUUACAGGCGCCUCAAUCGCCGUCUAGUGUGAGCUCCGGCCGACACGAGUUCCCUUCUGAAGGUCAAGCCAUUGCAGCCGCAGGAGCUCUGCCGGUGGCGGCGUACGCAGCCGGCCAUCACGACCAUGGAGCAGAAGACCACAUGGGAUACGGUGGCACGGAGCAAACGCCAAUGGAACAGAUGCCAUCGCAGGCGGUGAUCGCUUGUCAGGAGGGCCAUCACGAUGGCGUGAACCCCUACACGAGCUCGCCGGCACAAGAGCCUCACUCGGCGCAUCAGGACGGUUACUUCGUGGCGCCCAUCAUUGCGUCCAGCAUCCACCGGGAGCAGCCGCAGAACGACCUCGACCGGGAGGCGAACGGCACCCGGCCAGAUGCGCUCGAUCAACAACACAACGGAAGCGCACAGAAGCUCGAGCAGCCGGCCCAAGUGAACGGUGCCGAGUACGUCAACGGAGGCAUCGCCAGCGAGAACGACAAGGUCAUCGGCAUGACGGCGGGAAGUAUCCCGAGGUCUGAGACGCAACAGGAGCUGGCGCUGCAGUCUGUGCCAGAGGCGGAAGCGGCCGACCUCAAGUCGCUUCCCGCGGCGCCGCUCACGGACGCUGGCAAGGCGAACCUGAACCGCCCCGGAGACCACAGGACAGAAAGCUUGGCGACUAUCUCGAAUCUCCCUAUGCCCGGACAAUACCCCAAGGGGAGUGGAGUUGCCUCGCCUUGA